AAGUUCUGGGGUGUCACCAGGGGUAUGUUGACUCAGGGAGGGGCAGGGGCCAGACACCCUGGUGUCAGCAGCAGCAGCAGGGAGUGUCCACUAUGGAGACUGGCCUGGCCAGAGCUGAGCAAUGCUGGGGCUGCUAUAAAAGCCCUGCCUGUGCCACACUGGGACAAGCACUCGCCUGGCCACAUUCUCCUCCUCAGGGACAAGGAGCACCCUCGCAUCUCUCACCAAGAUGUCCUGCUACGACAUGUGCACCCCCAAAACCAGCGUGGCUGUGCCCCAGCCCAUCGCUGAGAGCUGCAACGAGCUGUGUGCCCGCCAGUGCCCCGACUCCUCGGCCUUGAUCCAGCCGCCCCCCGUGGUGGUCACCUUCCCCGGCCCCAUCCUCACCUCCUUCCCCCAGCAAGCCGUGGUGGGCUCCUCCGGAGCACCGGCCUUUGGCGGCUCCCUGGGGCUGGGCGGCCUCUACGGCGCCGGCGCCACCCAGGCCUCGGCUGGCCUCUGCACCUUUGGCAGAGCCUGCGCUGCUCCCGCCUACAGCCCUUGCGCCCUGCCCCGCUACAGCAAGAAGCUCUGGGACACCUGCGGGCCCUGCUAGAGCCACCACAGCCCAGCCCAAACGCGUGCGGCCGCCUCAGCCCAGCAUGGAGAAGUUGAGCUCUGCACAAGCUGCCCUGGCCUCCUGCAGCCCAUGACACUUGGCCUGCCUUGGGCCUGCCCACUGUCCCUCUCUCCUCUCCUGCCCUUCUUGGUACAAUAAAGUUUUCCUGCAUCC